AUGCCUCAUCUCAGCCAAGCGUCUCUGCAAUGCCGCCAAGGGUCUGCUUUCCAAGAGUAUGCUGGAGAGUAUGUAUGUUUCUUUCCUGGCUGGAUGCUUUCGAUCUAUCCGGUUCGGUCUCACAGAAGCUCACGGGUCUUCAGGCACAUGGACAUUGGGACGUUUGACAUGAGUGAUUAUACGUAUUCAGAGACGCUGGGCAAAUGGCACAUUGCCGAUCUGGCGUUUGGUAUUAACUAUUUGAUGCAUAGGCAGGAUGGUUUAGUUGAUUAUUCUACUUGUGGUAAAAUGUCAAGUCACGCAUGUAAUCUCAAGGAUUGGUGCAGCUGCAGAUUCGUAAUAACCCUUAUCAAUAUCAAGUUACACCAUCUGUGGAACACGAGAAGACCGCAGCAACGUAUUCAUUCCAUAAUGGAGGCACUAAAACAAAAAGAGAGAGAUGAGAAAGCAAUCGAAUCGAGAAAGAAGCGUGUGAGAAGAAAAGAAAUCGUCAACGCCAAAAAAACAGGGUACUAA